AAAUGCGCUCAUCUCCGACUCGCUUGCCAAGCAAAGCCGAAGCCCUACUACACGAGCAAGCUCUGGUGGUGUGGGAUUGCCCUCCUGGGGCUUGGAGAGGUGGGCAAUUUCACAGCCUACGGAUUUGCGCCCGUUGCCCUUGUCGCUCCACUGGGAUGCGUAUCUGUCAUAGGUACUGCAUUUAUUUCUGUCUUAUUCCUAAAGAAGACCAUGAGGGCUGCUGAUAUAUUGGGAGGAACACUGACAGUAACAGGGACAUACUUGUUGGUGACAUUCUCUCCCAAUGUACCCCAAGAGCUCACAGCAAGACAAGUACAGAAUUACUUGGUGAACUGGCCUUUUUUGGUGUAUUUGAUCUUAGAAAUUAUAAUAUUCUGCAUUCUCCUCUAUUUUUACAAAAGAAAGGCUGUGAAGCACAUCGUGAUUUUGUUAGUGAUGGUAGCACUACUGGCAUCGCUGACUGUCAUUGCUGUAAAGGCUGUGGCCAGCAUGAUAACACUCUCUGCAAAGGGGAAAAUGCAGCUAACUUAUCCUGUUUUCUAUAUCAUGAUUAUUUUAAUGGCAACUUCUUGUGCUUUCCAAGUCAAGUUCCUGAAUCAAGCAAUGCAUCUGUACGAAGCAACAGCAGUUGUGCCCAUUAAUUUUGUGUUCUUCACCACCAGUGCCGUCAUUUCAGGGGUCAUAUUUUAUCAGGAAUUCCAAAGUGCAGCUUUGCUGAGCGUGUUCAUGUUUCUGUUCGGGUGUCUCCUGUCUUUCCUUGGUGUAUUUGUAAUUGCAAGAAAUAAAAAAGAGGAGCAUUUACAAAUUCCUUUUAUUGACUGUGGACAUAUUCCUGGACAAAAAUUGACAGGCAAAAUACAACCAGAUUCUCACAGUUCACACUAUGGCACUUUGAAUAAUGAAGACGACUCGGUGAAAAGUCAAAGCUGA